AUGUUGGAACAUGCCGAGAAAUUUGAAAAAGCUUUUGAUAGACUUUAUGAUCAAGAACCUGAUUUUGUUAGAUGGUUUGGAGAGGAUAGUGGGGGAAAAAAGAAAAUUGGUCCACCUACACCCCUAGAUUGGCAACAUGCUAGGUUAUUCAUGGAUUUUUUGAGAGUUUUCUAUGAGAUAACUUUGACUUUCUCAUCUUCUUUGCAUGUUACAUCUAACAUAUGUUUUCAUGAAAUUGCAUCUGUUGCUUCUCAAUUAACAUCUUGGAGCCACAAUCAAUCUGAUUUGUUAGGAAGUAUGGCAUGCUCUAUGAAACAUAAAUAUGAUAAAUAUUGGGGACCGGUUGAUAAAUUUAAUCCAUUGUUACUUGUUGCUGUUGUAUUGGAUCCUCGGUACAAACUAGAUUAUCUCUGUUGGUGUUUGGAGGAUGUCUAUGACAAGGAAGUAUCUACUAGCAUGACUGGUGUUGUUAAACUCACAUUAUAUACAUUGCAUAAGUUUUAUGAAAAAGAGGUUGUCGAUGAUAAACGAAGGGAUGAUGGUGGAGAUUCAUCUAGUAUUGUAUUGGAUGACAAUAUUAAAAUCUCAGCUGGUGCCAAGGGCGUUUCUGAAAAUCGAGUGAAUAUGUGGAAAAAACAAAAAAGAGAGAAGGCUAAUGCAGAUAGCAAGUCAGAUGUGGAGAGAUAUUUGGCCGAGGAUACUGUGGAAGAUGAAAAUUUUAAUAUAUUGACUUGGUGGAAAGUGAAUGCUUCAAAAUACAGGAUUCUUUCUCUCAUAGCCCGCGACAUCUUGGGUAUUCCGGUUUCAACUGUUGCUUCUGAAUCAUGCUUCAGCACCGGUGGACGUGUGCUUGAUGUCUUUCGUAGCUCUUUGUCACCAUUAAUGGCUGAAGCUUUGAUAUGCACUCAAAGUUGGUUGUGCCCUUCUAAACAAGACGUUGGAGAUCAAGAGUUUGAUCAAUUUGAUAACAGUCAGAAGAUUGUUGAAGGUUUCACUAAUGCAUCCACAUCACAAGGAACAACUUGA